GUUAAACCGAAGUGUUUGCUUAACACAAUCUCAAUUAGUGCUUUGCACUCCAUACCAAUAUUAUACCAGUUGGCUGAAAAUGGCUAUGGCUGUUGAUGAGCUGCCGGAAAUUGAUUUUUCCGAUUUCACGACCACCGCCGCUAGCACCACCAACAGCACGACUACCCCAGAAGAUGAUCAUUGUCAUAACUGGGAUGGCUGGUUCCCGGUUGUGGACUGGGAUGCACUUCCUAUUCAUCCUGAAGAAAAAUUUGGCGACCUAUUUGACUCUGAAAUGGAUGAAGAAACCGAUAAGACGGUUUCCUACUCUGACGAUGAUCAGAAUCUUGCAUCAUCCGAUGCAAUGAUGAUGGAACCACCAGUCUCAGCUCUUUCAGAUGACUGUAAGGAGCUGAGACUAGUCCAUCUAUUGAUGGCUGCAGCAGAGGCGAUGGCUAGUGGCAACAAAAAUCAUGAUUUGGCGGGAGUGAUACUGGUUCGGCUCAAAGAUUUAGUGUCUUCAAAUGAAGGCACUAAUAUGGAAAGACUCACUGCCCAUUUCACUGACGCCUUACUUAAUUUGCUAGAAGGCGUCAGGGGCAGUGCUGGUGGUGGAGGGUUGCAUUAUAAACAAACCAACCACCUCCACCACCACCAUCGGGACGAUGUCCUGGCUGCAUUCCAGCUAUUACAAGAUAUGUCACCGUACGUAAAGUUCGGGCAUUUCACCGCCAACCAAGCAAUCAUCGAAGUAGUGACUCACGAACGACGAGUUCACAUAAUCGAUUAUGAUAUUAUGGAAGGGAUCCAAUGGGCGUCACUAAUGCAAGCUUUGAUCUCCCGUAAAGACGGACCACCCACCCCCCACCUCCGCAUCACCGCCCUCUCACGGCCCGGAAGUGGCCGGAAAUCCAUCUCCACCGUCCAAGAAACCGGCCGUCGUUUAACCGCUUUCGCAGCUUCAAUCGGCCAACCUUUCUCCUUCCACCAAUGCAAACUAGAUUCCGACGAAACAUUCAAACCAUCAUCCUUAAAACUAGUAAGAGGAGAAGCUAUCAUCAUCAACUGUAUGUUACAUCUUCCCCAUUUUAACCACCGAUCACCAACAUCAGUGGCUUCAUUUCUCACCGGGUCCAAGAGCUUAAACCCGAAACUGGUGACACUUGUGGAGGAAGAAGGACCGGAAGUUGAAGGCGGGUUUGUGGGACGGUUCAUGGACAUCUUGCACCACUACUCGGCUGUGUAUGACUCGUUGGAAGCGGGGUUUCCGAUGCAAGGGCGGGCUAGAGCGUUGGUGGAGCGGGUGUUCUUGGGUCCACGAAUCGUGGGGUCAGUGGGUCAAGUGUAUCGAGAAGAGGGUGGUGGAUGUGGUUCGUGGGGUGAUUGGUUGAAGUCUGAUCCAGGGUUCCAGCCAAUGAAGAUAAGCUUUGCGAAUCAUUGUCAGGCGAAGUUGUUGUUGGGGUUGUUUAAUGAUGGGUAUAGGGCGGAGGAACCUGCGAGUAACAAGCUUGUCUUAGGUUGGAAGUCUCGCCGUUUGCUUUCAGCUUCGAUCUGGGCAUAUUCCGAAUCGGAUUGAUUUACCAUUUACUCCUUGCUUGCUUCUUUCGUUUCUUUAUUUUUAUAUUUUGUCUCGUGGCUGACCACUGAAUGAAUAAGUUAGGAAUUAGUGAAUGAAUAAAACAAGCUGGUCCAGCUGAAAGAGAUUUGGAUUUCGAUUUGUUUUCAA